AUGAUUGGCACAAACAGAUUAAACACUCAAAGGUUGUACCUUGAUAAAAAAGAAAAGGAGGAGAUUUACAUAGACACCUGGCCCCUUCCUCAACACCAAAUUGAUGGUAUAAGGUUCCUAUUUAAGCAAUUUAAAAAGAAAAAGCCAGGUGUGAUACUAAAUAAUCCAGAAGGUUAUGGGAAAACCGUGCAAGUGGCAUUGUUCCUGAAUGCUGUUAGUAAGCUACUCAAACACCCUGUGCUUAUUCUUUGCAAGGACGAUAAUGAGAUUGACAGCUGGAUUCAAACUCUUAAAAUUUGGACUAAAUUCACACUAGACGACAUCGCGUUCGAGACCGUGAACGUUUACGAGAGGAAGCGGAUAUUCCUCAAAAAGGCGACGGACCUCGCGCUGUACGGCCGCCGCGACUGGGCCGUGGUGGUGGUGAAGAAUGACUUCGCGCCGAGGGAGCUGAUGCGGAUGAGCUUCAGCGCUGGCUUCAGGGUGUGGCUGACCACGAUCGACAUGCGGAAAGAUUUGCAAAUGCUGAAUGCGAUAUACGGCUGGAUGUACUCGGAGAAGAGAUUUCACGUUCAGAGCCUCCUCGAUUCGGAAACGCAGUGCCGGGGCCCCUUGGACAGGUUGAAGCUUCUCGACGCGUUCCUAGAAGACGUCGUCAUUAUGAGGAACGAUUUCACAACACCAUACAAGGCGAUACAAAUUGAUAUGUUGCACACCAUAUCGAAGGUAACGCGCAAGAACAAAGACGCGACCGGCACAAAGAUUAAACGCUCAAAGAAGAGGACCGAGGACGCCGAACAACCCCCAAACAAACAUAAGGACGACAAUAGCACAGUCAACUUUAGUUCCACAUCGGACGCCAUUCCCGCAGCGAAGAGUUCCGCCAACGAAUCCAGAACAGUCGACCAGAUCGCCGAGGGCACGUUUAGAAACGAAGCGAUACGCGAAAUGGACAUUGAAUCCUUCAUACGCAAUAAAGAACCAGUGACACGCAUGGUAUACGAGUUAACCAAAGCAGAAAACACCGAUGUCAACAUUCGCUUCGCCGACGCCGCGCGAGAUAUAGUCAACAUCGAAAACGAAACGCCCAAAGACAACGCAGAGACCGACUCGGAGAGCGUUCUGACCAACUUCAACGCGACUGACGAAUUCAGAGCGGCAGGCGAAGGCAAAGAGCCUGAAGAGAAAAUCGAUAAAGUAACCGCCAGCGAUAUCGAAGAGCCUGAAAUCGAUAAAGAAAUUGCCAGCGAUAUAAAUUUGAACAUCAUCAGUAAAGGCGGAGAAAAGAACGGCGACAAAGAGACUACAUUAGCACCUUUGUCAAAUCCGAAUGUCACAGAGGCGGAUAUAAUUGCUGUAGGUAUUCCGGAUAUAAGCGGUUUGGAGACGGUAAAAGAUGAAUUGGCUGUAGAGAAACCUGUGAUAGAGGAGAAAACCAUAAACAAGAGGGACAUAGAUUAUAAAAUCAACGAAAUGGAAGAGCAGGCCCUCAAGAAAUUCAAAGGCACCCUGUUGGACACACUAUUC